AUGGAUGCUUCAAGAUCAUCUCCCUUCCGUCCAUCCAUGGGCCCGUUGGGGGCAGGCCGAUUGAGGUCUGCCAGUCCAUCACGCCGUGCGCUGGCCAUUGACAUGCGGCGUAUUGCCAGCUUGCUCCGUGACCCAGCUGGGGCUUUGCAUGGGCCGCAUCAUGAGGGCAUGAACAAUUCGAUUUGUUCCAGCCCCAAUAGUGCGUGGGAGCCCGGUGAUCGUGGCGCAGCUCCCAUGACCACCCAAGCCACCCAAGCCCGAACAGCCAGCCUUUCUCGAACCAUCAUUGAGAAUCAAUUCACAGCGCUGGCUGAACGCAUCAAUGCUGGAGUCACAACUCUCCAGCGCCAAUGCGAGCUCGAUCGACGGCGCUUGACACAAGUUGAGAAGAAACUUGAUGCGAAAACAGCUGAGGCUGACAAGCACGAUGGGCGAGAAAGGUGGGCAGAAGUACAAGGAAGUGUGAGUGGGCUUCUUGAGGAGACUCAGGCGCUUGCUCGUCGUUUGGAUGGCUUGGAUGAACGGCUGUGGGCACGCACCAGUGGCUCAGAAGCCUCCAAGCAGCGGAAUCGUGACCUGGAGCAGCAAGUUCAGGCUCUGGAGCAACAGAAUCGCUUGGCAGCUGCAGCGGCCGAAGAGUUGCAGAAGCGUCAAGCCACCAAGAUCCGUCGCACCGAGCACUCCAUGGAGGAAGUCAUGCGCCGUAUGGAGAAACUGGAGGAAGAGCUUCGACAAAGGGCACCACCUCAGCGGGAUGGCUACAUGGAGGCGAAGUUCAUUGCCUUCGAACAGAAUCAGGAGGCGUUGGACACCGAGAUUCGAGCACUGCAGGCCAAUCUUGAGGAUGGAUUGCAGCAGCUCCGGGAAGAAUUCAAAGAUGGUCAAUCUGCGGGCGCUUUGGAGCCGGACGAUCGCGCCCUCUCGGCAUUGGAAAGGAAGGUCACAGGCCAAGUGGAGGAGGUUUCUUCCAACAUGGCGAGUUUGCGUGUGAAGGUGGAUCGAUUGAUGGACCGCGUUGGCAGCUUGGCCGAGCGCAUUGAGACCGCGCAUGAGCCCUCCAUUGACUCCUUGCGCGUGGAAAUCUCGCAGGCACGAGGCCAGGAACGUCGCGAACUUGAUGCCGAGAUUCAGUCCUUGAAGAGCAGAUUGCAACAUACUCAGGACUCCACAGAGGAAACCUGCAUCGAGGUUCGUGAAGCCUUGCGUCAAGCCCGUGCUGAGACUGCAGCUCUGAGCUACAGACCUGAUAUCCAAGAGGACAGUUCCUGGAUGCGCACCACGGAAGAAAGAUUGGCAGGUCAUGAACAGGAUUUGUUUGAUCUGCGAGAGAGAGUGGAGGAGCUAAUCCAGGGUGAUCCGGAUGGAAAGCCACUCAGGGACAAUGAGGAUGUGGAAAACAUCAGGCGUCGCUUGGAAGUGCUGGAGGAACAGGGCACUGCAGUUGAGGACCCUGAAACGACCCGGAUGGUUCAGGUCCAAAACACCAUUUGUGACCUUGUCGAGCAAGUUUCCAAGCUCAAACAGCAUGCCAGCAGUGCAGAGGCCAACAGCUCUUCUUGGCAGCAACAAGUCAAGCAGAUUCACAGUCUCAUUGAGCGAAAGCAGAACGAGGAUGCAGCAUCCUUGCGAGUCAAUGGUGAAGUGGAGGCAAAAGUGGGAGCAUUGUCCUCCCAAGUGGCAGACAUCGCCGCCCGGCUUCUGGAGGUCGAAGGGAAUUUGGACUUCGUGCGGGAGACCGAGCAGUCCUCCUUGACCGAGGCCCCGAACUCCGGAGUGGCAGGGCCGGGCACGCAGGGGUCAGGUGGUGGGAAUGCUGCUUUGCAGGAGAAGCUUGAAGCCGUGGCACUGCACUUGGAGAUUGUGGAUGAUCUGACUGAGCGCCUUGGAGAUUUGGAGCGAAAAUGGAAUGCUGGCCCAGAACCACACGGGAUGGGUAGUCCUCCUGGUCCCUUGUCAGAGGUGAGCUUUGGUGGUGAGGCUCCCGUCAAGGCUUCUGCUCCUUCAGAUCAUUUGGGGCGCGAGCUCGGAGAUUUGCAGCUCCGCUUCGAUGCAAAUGAUACCAAGCUCAAGUCAAUACACGAGGAACUUCGAACAAAGUUGGCUCUUGCAAAAGCAGAUAGUCAAGGAACGCAGGCACAGUUGAAUGACCUUGCUGCGCGACUCGGUGGAGAUGAGCAAAUACUUAGCACUUUGCAAGAGGCACCAGCAGUGUCCUUUGCUGACUUGGAUGCAUUGCGCCUAGAGUUUGCUGAUAAGUUUGAUCAGAUGCAACCCUCUACGGAGCAAGUGGAACCAGAGACCAAAGACACCAGUUUGAUUGCGGGCGAGCUGAUGGAGGUGAAGCAUGUCGUCAAGGAGCUCUCAGAGAAGGUGAAUUCGAACCACUUGAAUCUUGAUGAUCUUCAAGAAAGCCUCGCCCAACUCGCAGCUAACACGAAGGCAUUCGAAGCUACAGUGCCAGGCAUGAAGGAGGAGAUCAAAGAGCUUCGAAGUCGCUUGCCAAAUGCAGAUGCAGAAGCCAGUGCUGAGCAGGCCAUCCUUGAAAAGUUGGAGGAGGUCGAUGCCGAUCUCAAGUACUGUAAGUUUGAGUGUGGCACCUUUGCCAAAGGAGGGGAUUUGGGCCAUCUGCGGGACAGAGUCAAGGAACUUGAGGAGAUUGCACAAAAGCCCACGAAAGGAGAGCGUAUGAUCAAGGACGUUCAGGAGCUUAUCAAAGGAAAGUACCAGCAGCAGGAAGAAAUCAUGAAAGACUUGAAAAAGUUCUAUGAGCUAGAGGCACGAUUUGAUGCGACCAAAGUGGAGACAGACACCGAGCUGCAAAAACUUUGUGCGAUGAUCAAUGAUCUCCAGAAGGAGCAGAUCGAGGAACCGAAGGAAGGAGAGUCAAACCUGGAGAGCAUGGCAGAUCUGAAAGAUCAGAUUGCUGCUUUGGAGCAAAAGAUUGAUUCCGUCAGUGGAGAACAUGUCAUCGAUCGCGCAGAGGCCAGUGCAGAGGAUGUGAAGCUCAGAUCUCAGGUGCAGCAACAGGUUCAGGACAUUGGCAUGCAACUCUCCAAAGAAGUGGCCAAUCUUGCAGAGCAUCAGAGAGACCUGGUUGAAACGAGGUGUAGCUUGGAGGAUUUGAACAAGAAGUUCGAUGAUGUCACCGGCCUUGAAAACCAGAUCACUCAUGUGGCGGAGCGACUGAGCUCCACUGAAUCUGUGGUGUCCACAGCAAAGAAGGAACUCGAAGAUAUGCGGACCGAAGUCACCAAUCUCCUGGGCCGAAUCACGUCUACUGAGUCGUCUUCUUGUGAAAUGAAAAAGGACUUGGAAGGUCUUCUGGGGCCGCGAAACAAGAUUGGCAUCAGCCUGAAUGGUGCCAGUCAGUCUCCCCUUGAUGAGAUCCGUGGUCGGUUGGACAUUCUGUCUGAGCAGCUUGCAGAGUUGCAGAGCAAGCAAGACUUUCCUGCUGCACCUGCCACACAUGUUGCCCACAAAGAUUCUGUUGCCAGUGGAGAUGGAAGUCUGAAUUUUUCCCUCACCGAGCACACCGAACGGCCCGGAGCCCCUGAUGGCAGCCUGAACUUCUCUUUGACAGAGACGGCAAAGGACGUCACAGAGAAAAGGUUUGCCGCACCAAGCCCUUACAUCACUGCAGAGGCUGACUCUGCAUUUGAUGUUCUAUCUGAUAGUGCUUCACCUGCGAGCUCAGCUGGAAGGAUCGCCCAGAGCUUGACAGUGGAGAAGGAUGCUCCUCCAUCUGCUCCGGACUCUCCGAAUUCUGGUCAAAAGGGUGCAAGCUCAAGCCAAGUGAGUGCUUCGUUCAAUGAGAUGAGUAUUUGUCCAGACCAGUCUGUGGAGCUUUCCACAGAACUGGAACAGAAGUGUGACUUUGUGGAGGAGGUUCGACCCGUCUCCAAGCCUCGAUCUGAUCGUGGGAUUGCCUCAUCUCCCAUUAAAGAGGAAGAGGAAAUUCCGGAAAAUGCCGAUGCAAAAGCCGAGCCCGCGAGGCUGGAGCCCGGGCAAGCAGCCUCGCAGCUACGGCCUUUGGGGCCCCUACCAUCAAGGCCGACUCCAGCUCCUCUGGAUUCGCUAGAUUCCUUGAGCAAGCCCAAACAACCGAUGUUCACUGCCACCAAGGCCGAUGCGGCUGACGCGUUGGAUGUCUUGUUGAAGCCAAAGGCCAAAACUUUGCCUCCCUUGACUCAAGUGGAUGAGUCCAAGCCGAAGGAGCCUAUCUCGGUGACUGAACACGCGGCUGAGAAGGAAAAGAAGGAGGACGAUGAAGAAGAGGAAAAGGAAAAGAAAGAGGAGAAGAUGGAAAAGGAAGAGGAAGAAGAUGAUGAAUAUGAAAAUUCAUUCGACGAUGACGGCGAUGACGACGUUGACGACAACAUGUCCGUGCCGCCAGAGUCCAUUCAUUCAUGUAGUCAAGAUUCUGUGUGA